AUGUGCACCAUCACCAAGGGGCCCAGCAAGUUGGUCGCGCUGCGCUGCACAGGUCCCACGCAGCAGCAGGUGGAGGGACGGCUCGACGAGCUCCUAAAAUGCAGGCAGCCCACGCCGCCAACCUUGCAGCCCGAGCGGGCGCAGCCUUUCGCGCAGUCGCCGGGACCCUGGCCCCUGUUGAGUCCAGGGCCAAGGCUUGUGUUCAAUCGUGUGAAUGGCCGUCGGGCCCCCUCCACGUCCCUAUCCCUCGAGGGGACCCAGGAGACCCACACACUGGUCCACAAGGAGAAUGUCCGCUUUGUGUCCGAAGCCUGGCAGCAGGUGCUGCAGCAGCAGCUGGAUGGUGGCCCAGCCAGUGAGGGCCGGCCAAGCCCUGUGCAGUAUGUGGAGAGUACCCCCAAUUCCCGGCUGCAGAACUUCGUGCCCAUUGACCUGGAGGAGUGGUGGGCGCAGCACUUCCUGGCUAGAAUCACCAGCUGUUCCUAG